CAAAUUCCUGAAAUAAGAAAAUAAAUAAUCAGCCGCUGACUUGUACGUAGAAUACUUGGUGAAGUCUCUGCCUAAAGUCAACUUCAAAAUUCCAAAAUCAUGGGCUGGCAGUCUGAAGGUCGGUUCAGGUUUCGGCACCAACUCCCUUUUUUUCUGGCUAUGGGAGGCCGAGACCCAGCAGGGCAAGAAUGACCUCAUUAUCUGGUUUAAUGGAGGCCCAGCGUGCAGCUCUUUGCUUGGACUCUUCAAAAUUCAUGGCCCGGUCACGUUUCCCAGGACGGCCACAAAGCCGCAGCGCAACCCCUAUUCGUGGACCAGAGCGGCAAAUGUCGUGUACGUCGACCAGCCCAUUGGGACAGGCUUUAGUUCUGGCACAUCUAACAACACGGAUAAUGAACACAAUACUGCUGCUGUUGUGAAAUGGCUUGACUCCUUCUUCAAUGUAUUCCCGGAGAUGCGGUCCAAGAAGAUCCAUCUGAUGGGUGAGAGCUACGCGGGCAUAUUUCUCCCAUAUAUCGCCGAGGAGAUCCAGGCGCAGAAGUCGACUUUGAAGGCAUAUCUCUCCUCUCUCAGUCUGGGAGAUGCGUUAUGGGGAAACUGGGCAGCGAUGAACAACGUAGCCGCAUUCGCAUACAUUGACGCACACCGAUCGAACUUCGGAACCAAUAUUGCCUCCAACAUGUAUGAUGUGCUCAAACAAGGCGAUAAAGACUGCGGCUUCCCCGCUGUACGCGCCCAAAUCAAAUAUCCCCCCUCCGGCCCCAUCCGCAUCCCUGGCAACCCAUCUGGCGGGAACUUCAAACGCGACUUUCCCGUACCGCCCGGCUACAUUCCUGAUAACUGCGACUUCGGUGGCGGCGGCACCGACACCCCCGAGCGCCUUGCCUACAUCAUGGACCACACUGGUAAUGACUGCUACGGCGUCUGCGACCCUUCUGACGCAGCAUACAACUACUAUUCCUCUCCCACCUUAAACCGCGACUUCUUAGCCUACAACAUCAACGAGCACGGCUACGCUGGCCUCUACUGCGACGGUUCUUAUAUCGCCUACCUCAACCGUGCCGACGUCCAAGCCGCCAUCCACGCUCCCCGCAUUGACUUCAGCGCCUGCAACGGUGUCCUCUCCCGCACGCUCACCACAAACGACAGAAAAUAUCACCCCCAGCCAGCCGCCUACACCAUCGUCCCCAACCUCAUCUCCCAAGGUGUCAAGGUCCACAUCUUCAACGGCGUCCUCGACUACGUGAUACCGCACAUAGGCCAGGAACUAGUACUCCAGAACACGACCUGGGCCGGGUCCCAAGGCUUCUCGCGCCCUCCGACCAGCGACGUGUUGCGCAAUUCCAAGGGACAACAAGUCAGCCAAGGGCGCGAGGAGAGGGGGCUGAGUUACUAUACUUUUCACAAUGCCGGACAUCGUGUUGCGCAAGAUGAGCCGGAGGGGGCGCUGCAGUGGUUGAUGAAGGUUGUUGUUAAGGGGUCGAACGUCGGCCUGAUCGUAGGGAUUGGUGGGGUUUACGGAGGGGAGGGGUGGUAACUUGGUUAUUGAUGUUGUUGCAUACUGUCAUUUUCGUCUCUAAGUCUUUCUAAAUAUGGUAAGGAUGCUAUCCAUUUAAUCUUCAAUAGUGAUUGUUGAGCAAUCACCACAGUAGUUUGGCAAAACACGAAG